AGAAAGACAACCAGCCUACUCGAGGGGGGAGAGAGUAGAGGACCACUCUGCGACCCACAAGGGCGGUUGUUUUGCCCGUGUGCUGUUUGUUUGCACCCCCGUGCGCACAAGGACUUCUUAAUGAUCCGGAGCAGUCCGCCGAAGGACUCUCGGGAGUUGUUGGAGAUCCAGCAGGAGAACGCAACAGGGGAGUCGCUGAUCCGGAGGCAGUUGUUUCACGAACUCCGAAUCAGUGCGAUGGAAUGAGCCGCUGCAGAAACUCUUCCUGCACUUCUGGGGGAACUUUUCCUUUUUUCGCGUGCCUUCUCCUCCCGUGUUUCUAUUUUAGUUUUAAUCAUGUACGGAUAACGUGAGGUUUCGCCCAAGUAUCCGGCUCAAAUGGAUCAGCACUGACGGGGGUUUAUGGAGCCGGGAUUACACAGCGCAGUGCCAGCCUGUUGAACGCCCACACACGGGCCCCCUUCACACACCAUCUGCCUCGGAAUAAGUAUCACUCUCCAGCGAAGACGCCGUCCAUGGAAGUAGCGUGCAAGUUUCACGCAUGACACCGCUGUGAGUUUAACCGUCCCUCGCUGCCUCGACAAUGGCAAACGGUGGCGCACUGGCACGGGGCGCCUGCAGAUGUGCUUGGCCUCUCGGUUGUGUGCUUUUGUUUUUUGGCUGCCUGUCGCUGGCUUCGCCGUCCCACGGCCGGCGGCUGAUAUGCUGGCAAGCCAUAAUGAACUGCCAAGCCGAGCCCGACUGCAAUUACGCGUACGAACACUACAACCGCGCAUGUGGCCCCGUGUUGCUCGGGGAGAGGAGGAAGUGUCCCAGCCACUGCAUCUCCUCGCUCGUCCAGCUCAACCUGACCAAGAACGGGCCGGCCCUGGAGGACUGCAGCUGCGGCCGCGAUUCGAUAUGCAUAAACGCCAAGCGGUCCAUCGAGCCCUGCCUGCCCAGGACUACCAGCACCGGCUGCACGGAAGCGCGACACCAGUGCGAGAGGGACCAGCAGUGCAGCUCCGCGAUGCGCGAUUAUUUGCUCCACUGCGGAAAACUUUUCAGCGGGUCGGUCUGCACUAACGCCUGCCGGAAUGUGAUCGCGAACAUGCGUAAAAUACCCAAGGGCCAGCAGCUGGACACUUGCAUGUGCGACGGGACGGAGAGGGCCAUCUGCGAGUAUGUCAAGAGCAGCAUGAAGAAGCUGUGCUUCGACAACCCCGAUCAGGACGGCAGCGGGAACGAGUACGGCGACGGCGACGACGAAGACUACAACGAUGAUAGGGGUGACACGGACCACGAUCCGGAGAGGCUGGAGAGCGGAGCCUCCCUCCCAGCGUCUCACUGUGCUCUGACCCUGCUGGCUUCCAUCUUGGCCCUGUUGCCCUUCUUUUAAUCCCCGGGUUCAUAAACUGCCCCGACUAUUGUCCGGAUAAAAGGCAACCUAAACUUUUGUCACUCAUUGACCCGCUGCCAUUGUGAAAGGUUAGAGCCUCAAAAGACUGAAGUGAAGGGUGUUUGGUCGCACGCAGGCCUUCUUUGAGAUGAGUUCCAGACUCCGGUAGGAUGUCAAAUCGGGAUAUUUCUAUGCAAACGAGGCCAGAAAGAUGCCUAAACUGUCCGAUCUCCAGGCUGCUCUCUUAUCAAACCACACCACUUCACGGCUCUGCUGAUGCUUUGCUUUAAGUGAUAAGCUAAAUGGGAUUGUCUACUUUCCUCUGUCAUGGCAGAGACACAGUUGGCUUUUUUCCCCUCUUUUUUUUUUUUUUUUUUUUUUUUUGGUAAUAAUCAGAAUAUGCUGUGCACUGCCAAUCCUUUUUUUUUUUUUUUUUUUUUUUUUUUAAGGUAUGAACUCUUUUUGUAUGACAGGCCAUUGCCACAUCUUGGCAGCAGGCUGUACUACCAAGUAUUUAAUGUUGGAAUCCAUGAACUUGUAAAUAGAUUAGGAGUUAAAGUGAAACAGUAAUUUAUUACAUGCCACCUAGUUACAUCCAAAUUGCCACCAUGUGAAUAAAGACAGAGAAUUCCAGCUUUAAAGGGAAGUUAUUUUGACUGAAGAUAGUGUACAUUCGUUGUAUAUAUGUGUAUAGCCUAUAUAGAUUUUUUUUCUUCUUCCAGAGAAUCCUCUAUGUUUUGAUGAUUUAUUCACUGUGUAAAGCCUAGAGAAAGAAAGAAAUGUCUAAAUCCACUGUAUGAUUGCCUUAAUGAUAUACCUUUAUAGAAGGCAUAAAGGAAACUUGAAGAUGUCA